UUCGAAUAUGGCGACCAACGUGUUGAAAAUGUGGUCGAGGCCUUUUGUAGAGGUUGUUGGCACGUUGAAGCGUUUCCAAGCCACUGGAGUAUACCAGGCUAGGAAGUUGGCUACCUACUCAACCAAUGCCGCAACUCAGAAAUUGGCUCAGCAAACAGAGAGUGGUACUGUGAAAAUUCAAGAUCCUCUACAACAUCCUGAUUACUUUGAUGUACAUAAAUUAUUCACUCUGCAAGAUUUAUUCCGCGCCAAUGUUCACGUGGGACACAAAACUGGUCUGCUCAAUGUACAUAUGAGGAAAUAUAUCUUUGGUGUUCGUCAGAAAAUCUGCAUCAUAGACCUGGAUAAAACUGUUAAACACUUACAGAUUGCUUUGAACUUUGCGUCUCACAUAGCGUACAGAAAAGGCUCUAUCCUCUUCAUCAACCGCUCAUUGCAGUUUACGCAUCUAGUCGAGAAGACUGCCAAGGAAUGUGGAGAGUUUGCACAGACUCGAAGAUGGCAAGGAGGAUGCUUCACUAAUUCUCUUGUUCAGUAUGGACCUGAAGUGAAACUGCCAGAUUUGGUCGUCUUUUUGAAUACGCAAAACAACGUGUUCCAGGAGCAUGCCGCCGUACGCGACUCCGCUAAAAUGAAUAUCCCGACUAUUGGGAUUGUUGACACGAACUGUAAUCCAAAUUUAAUCACUUAUCCGGUGCCUGGGAAUGACGACACGCCUGAUGCUAUGGAGCUUUAUUGUAGACUUUUCAAAAACGCUAUACUUAAAGCUAAACAAAUGAGAAAAGAGUUUGAUGAUCAUGAUAAUGUUAUGUAACUGUUGAAAUAAUCAACUGUGUGCUGAUAACUUUAGUAAUAAAAUGAAAGUAAAAAUUA